AUGUUUACAAGCACGUCCCUGUCGUUACUGAGUUUCAUAAUGGAGAGCGUGCAAAGAUUGGAUCCAACAAUACUUGCCUUUUGGGAGGGCUUUCCCUGCCCUCCUCCUUGGAAUGAGAAGCUCUUGUUUAGACUCAACUGGACUGGCUGUGUGGGACUAGAGAUGGGAGAAAAGGUGAAACUAUACAUGGCCGACAAAUGCAACAUCCGCCAUGACGGCAAGUCGGUGCUGGUCGAGUCCGGGGACCAGGCUAAUAACGGGGUCAUGGUGGAAGAGGACUGUGGCCUGGCAUGCCAGUUGGUCAUCGGCGUGGUCUCUGUGCUCUUCAUCGUUCUGCUGCUCAUUGUCGUCGUGGUCUGCGUGAGAAGGCACAGAGCCAAGCCGGCAAGUCCUAGUCACCAGUCCUCACUGACUGCACACGCCGAUAACACCAAGUAUUAUACCAGCUGCCACUACGCGUGUGCGCCCGUCGUUCCCCGCCAAAUUCAG